AUGCCAGGCAAGAGCUUUGUCCAGUACUCCCCCGACAGCCCGUUCCCCAUCGAGAACUGCCCGUACGGCGUGUUCUCGACUGCCGACAAGGGGCCCCGGCCUGGUGUCGCUAUCGGCGACAAGAUCCUCGACCUUGAUGCGCUCUCGCGUACCCAGCACUGGGCAAAGGCACCUGUUCCGGCCGAGGUUGUCCAGAAGGGCACCCUUGACGCUCUCGCUGCUCGUGACCCCGAGGAGUGGGUCAAGUUCCGCUCGUUCGUGCAGGAGACUCUCGGCCCCAACUCGCCGAUCGCAGGUGACGCCUCGCUUCUCGUCAACCAGAAGGACGCCACGAUGCACAUGCCUAUCACGAUUGGCGACUACACCGACUUUUACGCUUCGUACGAGCACGCAUUCAACUGCGGUGUCCUCUUCCGCGACCCCAAGAACGCCAUCCAGCCCAACUGGAAGCAUCUUCCCGUUGGAUACCACGGUCGCGCUUCGUCGGUCGUGAUCAGCGGCACGCCAUUCCACCGCCCCGUCGGCCAGAUCCUCGACAAGCCUGGAGACAAGCAGCCUAUCUUCUCGCCGUGCCGUAAGCUCGACUACGAGCUGGAGAUGGGCGUCAUCUACGGAGGCAAGGAGACCAAGCUCGGUGAGCGCCUCUCGCCGGCCGAGUGCCGUCGCCGUACGUUCGGCCUCGUCAUCCUCAACGACUGGAGUGCCCGUGACAUCCAGGCGUGGGAGUACGUUCCUCUCGGCCCCUUCCUUUCCAAGAACUUCUGUACCUCUAUCUCGCCUUGGGUCGUCAACCCCGCCGCUCUUGAGCCCUUCAAGACCAAGCAGUACGAGCACGAGUUUGAGCUCCUCCCCUACCUCCAGGACAAGGACGGGUUCAACUACGACAUCCCCCUCAAGGUCGAGAUCAAGCCCGAGGGCGAGGAGGCGUUUGAGCAGGUCUCGCUCUCCAACACCCAGCACCUGUACUACACUUUUGCGCAGAUGUGGGCGCACCACUCGUGCACUGGCUGCCGCCUCCGUCCCUCGGACAUGCUCGGCUCGGGCACCAUCUCGGCACCCCGCCGGGACGGUCUCGGCUCGCUCCUCGAAAAGUCCAACGGCGGUAAGGACCCCUACACCCUCGGUAAGCGCAACGACAUGACGUUCCUCCGCGACGGCGACGUUGUGCGCAUGAGCGCCGUCGCCCAGGGCGACGGGUACUGCAUCGGCUUUGGCGCGGUCGAGGGCCAGGUCCUUCCCCCUUAUGAGCAGUAG